AGUACCAAAUCUUCCCUCUAAUUUUACCAAACUCGCCAUACAGCAUCUACCAGAUUGUAGAAAUUGGUGAUACCUUAUCGACAAAACCAAAUAGAAUUGCUACAUUUCCAGACUGUACUCCAUAGACUAGAUCAGUUCAGAAAUAUUUCACCAUUCUGUAAAUCUGUAGAAUUUGGCAGAAUUUUUUACCCAUUUUCCAGGCAAGCUUCUCUAGACUUCGCAAAAUCCCCGUAUCAAUCCCCUACAAAAUGAUUUCCACAAUCGCCAAGUCAGCUGCGAUGCCUAUGGUUCCCGUCAGAGCUAUCUCCAUUGCCACCAGAGCAAACUCUUCCAAUCUCUUGACUGCGUUUGCCCGCGCAAGGUCCAAUUCAGGCGCAUUGUCUGCUAACUUCACCCGAAACCUCGGAGGCAAUUCCAACGGGUAUCUGUCGACGUUGAAUUUUUUCCAAAGAGAGCAGUUACCCACCAACACAGUAAUCCGAUUCGUGCCACAACAGACAGCCUGGGUCGUUGAAAGAAUGGGAAAGUUCCAUCGCAUCCUCCAACCAGGUCUCACUUUUCUUAUUCCUAUUCUUGACAAGAUCACAUAUGUCCAGUCGUUGAAAGAAUCUGCUAUUGAGAUUCCUUCGCAGAAUGCAAUUACGUCCGAUAAUGUAUCGCUCGAGCUUGACGGGAUUCUCUAUAUCAAAGUUAUAGAUCCAUAUAAGGCUAGUUAUGGUGUAGAGGACUUCAAGUUUGCUAUCAGUCAAUUGGCUCAGACUACAAUGAGAUCGGAAAUCGGGUCUAUGACCUUAGAUGCCGUGUUGAAAGAAAGACAGUUGUUGAAUAACAAUAUCAACCACGUUAUAAACGACGCUGCCCGUGACAAUUGGGGUGUGGAAUGCUUAAGAUACGAAAUCAGAGACAUUCACCCUCCUCAAAAUGUUCUCGAUGCCAUGCACCGUCAAGUCUCCGCCGAGAGAUCUAAAAGAGCCGAGAUCUUAGAAUCCGAGGGUCAGAGACAAUCGAAAAUCAACAUUUCUGAAGGUGAAAAACAAUCGAUCAUUUUGGCUUCAGAAGCUAAUAAAGAGGAACAGAUCAACCAAGCUGCUGGUGAAGCACAAUCGAUUCUUCUCAAGUCUGAAGCCACAGCUAAGGGAUUAAAAUUGAUUGCUCAAGCGAUCAAAGAAACGCCAGGCGGUGCUGAGGCUGUCAACUUGCAAGUGGCCCAAGAGUACAUCAAACAAUUUGGUAACUUGGCUAAGGAGACUAAUACUGUCAUCAUACCUCAGAAUUUGGGAGAUCUUGGAGGCAUGAUCACUUCAGGUUUGUCGCUUUACGAGAACUUGAACAAGGCCAAGAAGAAUGUGUAAGUUGGUGUAAUUCUACCUUGUAUAUACAAUGAACGAAAAUG